GGAGGGUCGUGCCGGGUCUGCGUCCCAGCUCUUUUCGUGUGCUGUGGUGGUCGUGUGCGAGGUCGUCGGGGUUUAUUAAAAGAGAUCUCGGUCGAGUAUCUACGGAGGAUUCAAGAAAAGGACGAAACUCGAAAUCACGAACAAAAUUUCAUGAGACAUAAAGUUAAAUGUUUGCAACCUAACACGAACUCCAAAAGGAAAUCUUGCUGGGGAAUCCACACAGCUCCAGGCGAAGUCAUGCAAACAGACCCAAACGAAGUCAAGAGAAAAUAAACACAUCGUCCGUGACACAUUCACGACAUGCAUGACAGUCACCUAAACAUCCCAAGUUCUUCCUGUUUAGCCGCGCUGCCUCGCUUGACUAGAAGCUUUCCAGUUCUGUAUUCCUUCUAAAACUUAAUAUUCCUUUGCCCUGUUCCUGCACAUGGGUUUUUAGAGCCACCACGCUAGUCCUCUGCUUCACACUCUCAAACUUUCUCCCUCUUUCUUUCUUUCUCCGUCGAAGUAGUUCAUUUGCAUCAAAAUCAGGAUUUGAUAUUAAAUCUGAUCACAUUAUCUCACAAAAUAACUUGUUUUUGCUAUAGGUAGAGUAUGAGUUUGGCUACCAAAACCCCAGUCAAAAUUUAGUUUAGAUUGUAAAAGAUAUUAAAUAUAUAAAUUAAAUAAAACGAUAGUAAGUACGCUACAAGAGGUGCCACACCGCAAACAGAGCACACCAACACCGAAAACUUUGCCAAACCAGUCAUUACAAAAUACAGCAUUUUCUAAAUAGAUAUCCAUACCACACGAACACGCACACAUUACACACACUACCAAAGAACCAAGCAUUACCCGUUCGUAAAGCCAUCGACGCCUCAAUUAAGAGGUAAAAAGAAAAGAAAAAAUCUCGACCGCACCAAACGACGUACGAUGGCGUGGAGUGACUUCGUGGAGUGGCUGGACGAGAACAAGGUCGUUCUCAUUGCUGUCACCUGCUCAGUGGCGGGCGCCGGGGCGACGCUGCUGGCGCUGCGGGCGUGGCUUCAGGGACCCUCGUGCAGGAGCAAGGCGCGCCUGGACGGCAAGACGGUGGUCAUCACGGGCGCCAACACGGGCAUCGGCAAGGAGACGGCCAGGGACUUGGCCAAGCGAGGCGCCCGCGUGGUGAUGCUGUGCCGCGACCUGGACAAGGCGCGGUCGGCGGCCGAGGAGAUCAACAAGGAGACGGGCAGCACGGUGGGCGUGUACCACCUGGACCUCGCCUCGCUUGAGUCCAUCCGCAGCACCGCCGCCGCCCUCAGGGACACGGAGCCGCAGAUUCACGUCCUUAUCAACAAUGCAGGCGUGAUGAUGUGCCCUCGCUGGGAAACGAAGGACGGCUUCGAGAUGCAACUCGGGACCAACCACCUGGGCCACUUCCUCCUCACGCUGCUCCUGCUGGACCAGAUGAAGGCCGCCGCUCCCUCGAGGAUCGUCAACGUGUCCUCCAUCGCCCAUACGCAGGGAAGGAUGCACUGGGAUGACUUGCACUUCACUGAGUCGUACGACGCCAAGGAGGCCUACUGCCAGAGCAAAUUGGCCAACGUCCUCUUCACGCGGGAACUCGGGCACAGGCUCAAAGGCACGGGAGUGACGACCUACUCCCUCCACCCCGGUGUUGUGCAGACGGAGUUAGGUCGCCACAUCCACGAGUCCGUCAACUCCUUCAUCCACUGGGCCUUCCACUUCUUCGGAAAGUUCUUCUUCAAGACGGUGGUCCGCGGCGCCCAGACGACUAUCUACUGCGCGGUGGACGAGUCGCUCGCCACGCAGUCGGGGAAGUAUUACAGUGACUGUGCAGAAAAGAGACCACACCCGAACGGUGUGUCGGAUGAGGACGCCAAACGACUGUGGGACACGAGCUUGCAGUUAGUUGGCCUCGACCAGUAUAGUGUCUAGACCAAGGUUUCUAUUGAUGACUUGAUACUCCUGAUCACAAACGCUGCUCUUCAUAUCUAAUAUUCAUGUCCUCACUCUACUUGUUCUUCCUUAAAGUAGUGUACCAUUCUUUUGUUUGCAUGCAAAAUGGUUUUACGAUGUAAU